GACCUGAAGGAGGUUCAUGUAGCCAUGAUGGCCUUUUCUACCUGCGUUGGUGUAGGACUGUUUCUUCAAGGUGGGCGCGCUAUAUACCUCGCUGGACCUGGCCUGGCUUUCAUCGCGUACAUCAUCGGUGGCUCAAUCGAGUGGGCUACCAUGGCUUCCUUGGGGGAAAUGACUGCGCUCUUUCCAAUUGAGGGCCCUAUUUUUGCCUUUACAUGUCACUUCCUGGAUCAAGGGCUGGGUUAUGCUGCAGGAUGGCUUAUAUGCUUCUCAUGGACUAUCGUCGUUGCCGCAGAGAUUCUGGCCAUUACGCAGCUUUUUAAGUUCCGCUUUGACCCCCACUACCUCCAGAAACUGCAAUACCCGGAUCCAUCACUUGGUUGGAAGGUUGGACAAGAAACUAGUCCAGCUAUCUGGUGUGUCAUCUUCAUGGCCAUCAUACUCGCAGUUAACUUCCUCCCAAUUCGGCGCUAUGGCCAAGUAGAAUACUGCGUUGGCACUAUCAAAAUCCUCUUCUUCGUCUUGCUGAUUAUGUUCAACAUUGUCUUGAGCGGCCUCCAACUAGUACCCCGCGGUGGCCGAUUCUGGACAUACAAUGCACCUUACGGAUUCGCAGUACAGAACUACACCAUACCUCUGGCGACAGCUAAAUUCCCCUACGAGGGAAACUAUGCCCGCAAAGUUAUUACUGGAGAUGCAGGGCGACUGGCCGGGAUGUGGUCUGCCAUCACUACAACAAUUUUUUCCAUGACUGGGUUUGAGACUGUUGCUAUUUCGGCAGCAGAGAACCGCGAUCUUCGUCGCUCAGAAGCGAUAAAACUUGCUACCCGCAAGACAGGCAUACGAGUCGUCAUUCUCUACACGCUGGCUAUCGCUACAGUUGGUCUAAACGUUCCUUACACAGACCCAUAUCUCAGGGACAUGUCAAUCAACUCGAUCAACUUCGGACAAGACUCCCCAUUCAUCCUAUCUGCAGUGUACAACCACCUGAGAGGCUGGCCCCACUUCUUCAACGCCUUCUACAUUUUCUCCGCUACGACAUGCGGUAUAAAUGCGCUUUAUAACGCUUCUCGCACGCUGCACGCUAUGGCACGUAUCAAAGAAGCAUGGCCAAGCUGGGGUCCCGUCCAAAGUGGCCGAGAGAGACUGGAACGCACACAUGCGGGAAUUCCCUUUGUAGCUAUCACCACAUGUUGGCUUUUCAGCUUCCUUGCCUUCCUCGCAACGAAACCAUUUCCCGCAAAGGUCCUUGGAAGGAUUGCCACAAAUUCAGUAGCCUCUCAUCUAGUUGUCAACAUCGUCAUCUGUCUAACCUACCUUCGAUUUUACAAACGAAUAAAACUCGCAGCUGGCGGCCAAGAUCCCACCGUCGACCAACACCUAGCCCGCGCUUUCGACCGCGACAACAGACGGUACCCGUACAAAAGCCGAGGGCAAUACAUGCGAGCAUUGUACGCGCUGUUCGGCUCCCUACUAGUCUGUCUCUUCAACGGAUGGCGCUCAUUCGUAAGCCCAAUGAGUAUCCCGGACAUCCUCGUCGCAUAUAUCAGCGUACGUAGCCCCCAAUCGCAUUCAUUCUGCUCCGCUACACCCCUGUAA